UCUAUGUGCUGAUCGAGUGGGCCAGAUGACUAAGACGUAUAAUGACAUAGAUGCUGUGACACGUCUCCUGGAGGAGAAAGAGCGGGAUUUGGAGUUGGCGGCUCGUAUUGGCCAGUCUCUGCUGAAAAAGAACAAAACCCUCAGCGAGAGGAACACCUUCCUGGAGGAGCAGGUGGAGCACAUACGAGAAGAGGUGUCUCAGCUGCGUCAUGAUCUCUCGAUGAAGGAUGAGCUUCUGCAGUUCUACACAAGUGCAGCUGAGGAGAGCGAUGGAGAUUCUGCUUCUACCACACCUAUUCGCAGAAAUGACUUGUCUUUCACGGUCCCGAAUUACCUCCCUCUGGAUUCACUGCAGAAGAAACUCAAAGACCUGGAGGAAGAGAACAUCGUCCUGCGAUCGGAGGCAAAUCACUUGGAGACAGAGACCAUCUCGUAUGAAGAAAAGGAACAACAGCUUGUAAAUGACUGUGUUAAAGAGCUCAGAGAUGCUAAUAUACAGAUCUCCACGAUUGCGGAGGAUCUGGCUAAGAAAACAGAGGAUGCCUCUCGCCAGCAAGAGGAAAUCACACACCUUCUCUCUCAGAUCGUCGACCUGCAGAAAAAAGCCAAAUCUUAUGCACUAGAAAACGAAGAGCUCACUCAGCAUCUGGGAGCUGCUAAAGAUGCCCAAAGAGCACUAACAGCAGAGCUGAGGGAGCUGGAGGAAAAGUAUGCUGAAUGUAUGGAGAUGCUUCAUGAAGCUCAGGAGGAACUGAAGAACUUCAGGAAUAAAACGCUGCCUCUCAGUACACCGCGACGAUUCCACUCGCUCGGCCUCUUCCCCAUGGACUCUUUAGCUGCUGAAAUUGAAGGCACCAUGAGGAAAGAGAUUCAGAUGUCUGAUCCAGACGUAGAGGAACAAAGGUUGCACCCUAAACGUGUCUUUGAAACAGUGCGUAACAUCAACCAGACUGUUCGGCAGCUCUCCAUGGGCCCGUCCCCUAUGAACAUCCCAGGGUCCAAUCAGACAUCCUGUGUGAAUUCCAGGCGUUCUAGUUGUCUGAGCACACCCAGAUCGAGCAUGUACGGAGGGGAUGGUGUUGAAAUGGACAACCGCACUAACAGUAUGCUGAUGGAAACCCAGUCAAAUCAGGAUGGCUCUGAUGACUCCAACAGAAAGCCUGGCACGCCUGGCACACCUGGCUCCCGUGACCUGGAGGCGGCACUGCGGCGUCUUUCCCUUCGACGGGACAACUACCUUAGCGAGCGACGUUUCUUUGAGGAGGAGAGAGAGCGUAAACUCAACGCCCUGGCAGAAGAGAAGAGCGACUUGUACGAAGAGAGAGAUGGUGGGAGUGGCAGUGAAGACGGUGGCCCCCUCACUCCGGCAGACAGCAUCAUGUCUCUGGGAACCCUGCACUCGGUUUACUCCAUCUACAGCACCCGAUCCUACCUGCCGGAGAAACUCCAGAUCGUCAAGCCUCUGGAAGGUUCGGCCACUCUGCACGCAUGGCAGCAGCUCGCUCAGCCCCACCUGGGUGGCCUCCUGGACACACGGCCGGGUGUCGUGACCAAGGGCUUUCGACCGCUGGAGCUGGACCUGGAGGAGGUGUACCAAUUCACCGACCUGGAAGAAGAUGAGUCAGGACAGCAUUCCCAAUCCGCCAUCUCUACCUCUUGCCUGGGCUCUCUGCCUUGUUCACCUGCAUUGCGACGUCCUCGUGCCAACAAUCCUGAUAACCAGGAAGAGCAGCCCAGAGAAAAUGGAGGGUCCCCUGUAGUGGGGCCAGAUCAAAUGGAGGCUGGAGAGGAGGAGGUCUCAUCUGUGCAUUUCCCUGGUAAAUGUAUGUCUCACACCAGCUCCACGUACACCUUCACCACCUGCAGGAUCCUGCACCCUACAGAUGAACUCACCAGAGUCACACCAAGUCUCUUGUCAGGUCCAUCACUAGCUUCCUGUGUGAUGUCCAGCAGCAGUCUGUGCUCAACCCCUGUGUCCACCCCCUGCACGCCUCGUCGCCUCAGCCUGGCGGAGAGUUUCACCAACCUCCGCGACUCAACCAAGACCACCAGUACCUCUCUGGGACUAGUGCGCCUCCUACAGGAGAGAGGUAUAUCUGCUGCUGUCUAUAACCCUCUCAGUUGGGACCGGGCGGACCGAGCCCCUCCACCAUACCCCUGUUCAUCACCCAAUGCCACCCCCACUCAUCCCGGUCCGGACACGCUCCCCUCCACCCCUCCAAACUCCCCCAGCAAGUCCAAACCCACUAGUCUUGUGCUUCCUGUAGACUACAGCCCCUCGGACCCCCCCUACGAAACCUUCCUGGCUUCACGGCCAGCCAGCUCAAUUCUGAAGGAAGUGCGGGAGGCGGACGAAAGGGCUCGGACAGAUACGCAGUGUCAGACUGAAGUCAGCGUGCAGAACUUGAGACUGGUGGACAAGGUGAAGAAGUUUAGCCUGGCUCCCAGAACUUUGACCCCAGGGAUCGGAAGGCCGGGACCGCCAUUCGGGGCCCACGCUGUUGUAACUUCCCCUAUCAGGGGACUGCCAGUGCUGAACUCAGGGAUGAGAAGAAACCGCAGUUACCCAGCUAUGGUUGGGGCUAGUAUGGCUAUGAAGGGCCCAGGGCCACCCAGAAAAACUAGCCUCAAUGAAAAGUGAAUGUUGCCUCUCUGUCAUCCCUUUUGACUUUAUUUAAAUUUGCAUUGAUACAGUAUAUCAUCCCUGCGACAACUCGAGUGCCUGUUAAGAUGAUAUUUGUAUAGAUUAUUUUGUUAUAACAGUUGCCAUAACAACCUAUUUUUGUCUAUUUCUCUGUCCAUCUGACCAACAUAUAUAGAGUACAAUUCAUUCAGCAUUGUCACGUCUUGGUAUAUUCCAAGCUUUUGUCAUUGUGUGUAAAAAAAAAAGUGGACAAUUUGCACUUGCUAGCUGCGAGAAAAUGUAGCAUAUGAUCAGAGCGGAAAAUUAAUGCGCCAAAAUGACUUUUAAUUUAAGCACUUUUUGAAUUUAAAAACUACUCGAGGAUAAGCAAGAAAACGUCUUUUUUUUUGUUACUGUUGUAAAUCUGGUCUUCCGAUGUGACAUUUCAAAAUUGAUUAAUUUCAUGAUGCUAGCAAGAGCACUGAUAGCACCUUAAUGCUAAUGGUAGCCCAGACAUUGGUGAACAAUGAAGUUUUGUCAUUUAUUAUUGAUUUUUAGGUCAGAAUUUACUUUUUAAUGGCCAUUGAGUAGUGCUUUAAAUCUGCCCCUAGUGUGCCGAAAAUCUGUAAAACAUGCUUUUAUAAGUACAAAUACCUUCACAUAAGCCUUUUCCAUCUAGUCCAUCCAAUUAAAUAACUGCAGUUUGAUGUUAAGUGUCUAAAAUGGCUUAUUAAUGCGUAAUAUAAUAGUAAUUACAGUGUAAUAACAGAGUUCAAUGAUAUGACUCUCAAUAGAGGGCGCUGUUGACAUGAAUUGGUGAUAAUUUGCACAUUAGCACAAACUCUGCUCUUUACAUCCUCAAAAGUCGACUGACUGAAAUACUUCAGAAACCGAGACCACGGGGCUGUGAAAGUGCUGCAUGGGGAAUUGCAGCAGGUUUGAACUUGAAACACAAUCGUGUUCAUGUCAAGUCAUCAUUUGAUGUCCUUUUGUUGAGACCAACAUUAUUUAUAAUUGUAUGUGUGGAUGUACAUGGCGUGUGGAAUUGCAGUAUCGAAGACUUGAUGGGAAAAUUGCACAACUACAAUUUCUUUGGUCAGGUUCAACUGAAAAUAUAUACUGUACGUCUGCUGUGGUUUUGGAACCUACUGACUGAUGUGUGUCGUAGGUAAAGCAAGUGAAGUAUGCAUUGUAAGCUUUAAAGAUAUCAAGGGUGCAACAGGAAUUUAUAGUGCCUGAUUGUUUUUUUGUUUUGUUUUUUUGGACAGACUCAUAAUGGCUUCGCCUGCCACAGUAUGCACUGACAUAAAUACUGUAACAAUGUGUGAUGUUGACUUCCCAAUGAAGAUAUUUGAAGGAUAUAUAAUAUUUGAUGUAUUGCAGAGGAAGCACAUACAGUUAAAAGUGCAUGAGUCGUUCUAAAGAAAAGGUCUGUGUUUUCUUUUAGUUGAGGCAAGUUUAAUAUGUCAGGUGUUAAACGUGUGUGUACUGUAUGUGUGUGUGUGCGCGCAUUUAAUCAGCAUGACAUUUGUUGAAUGUGUUUCAGAACCACUGAGGUUUCUGCCAUGACUGAACAUUGAUUUCAAUGGUGUUUAUUUCAUCAGAUUACUGAAGGGACGUUUUACUUGUAUAUUGUAAAUGGUAAAUAUGCAAAGGAUUCAGACACGCUAACUUUUAUAUAUAAAAAGCAAAAAACCUAAACUUGAGGUGAAAAAAAAAGUUAAAAUGGAAAAGCGAUAACACUGGUGAAAAGUGGAGUUUUGGUUCAUGAAUUCUAGAAGCUCCCCUUUGCAGAGGAUCAGUAAACCAG